ACCCUGAAAUCCAAUAAGAAUUAGAAACUUUCUGCGGAUGUCAUGUUUGUUUGGCACUCGUUUUAAAAAUAAUCAACGAAUCAACAUAAAAACUUACUUGUUUUUCCUUUAUUUGAUAGAAAUCGGUAUGUUAUCGGCAAUGAUAAAAGAUCACCAAGCCCGGCAGGCUGCAAAGAAAGAAGAACAAGAACGUAGGAGAAAGGAAGCUAUUUUGUCCGCAAACGAACUAACUCAAAAUCUUGUUGACCAUCUGAAUGUGGGGGUUGCCCAGGCAUAUUUAAACCAGAAACGAUUAGAUGCUGAAGCCAAACAGCUACACGUCGGGGCCACCAAUUUUGCUAAGCAAACACAACAAUGGCUCACGCUUAUUGAGAAUUUCAAUGGAUCUCUUAAGGAAAUUGGAGACGUUGAAAACUGGGCAAAAACGAUCGAAAAUGAUAUGAAUGUUAUUACUACAGCACUGGAAAUAGCCUACAAAACGAGUAGAGAAAAAUAGAUUUGAUGCAUGAUUAUCUACAACAUUGUCAUAUUAAAUUAUUUUCGAAAGCAUUUA